AUGCCGUCUGAUACAAUAGACGCUAUUGCGGAUGCUGGAUCGUUGAGGCAAGAUGCUGACAGCACAAUCUCGGUCUCGACUUCACGUCGCCCCACGAAGCGCAAAAGGGUUGCAUUGGCAUGCGACAAUUGUCGGGAGCGAAAGAUCAAGUGCGAUGGCUCCAAACCCAUCUGUAGACCCUGCAGCAAACGUGGAGAGCUUCCUGUUCGGUGUAUGUACACUGUUAUUGGAGGAACAGCAAAGCACUUGAGCGGACAGGAAUACAUCGAGUCACUGAAGAAACAAGUGACAGACAUGCAGGAAGUUAUAUAUCAGCUUCGACAAGAAGCAGAAAUCAAUACUAUCACUAUCGCUAACAUCAGGGAGUCAAGAAGCCCCAGAGAAAGACCACCAACCGUUUCAGGUGCAACAGGUAUAACCUCGGGUACCAUCCGUGCCACUACUGGUACAACUUCCGGGGUCUCCAUCAGAGUCUCCGAGACAGGUGGACCCAGUCCUGUGAGUGCCAUGGGGGCUACGACUUUAACACAGAAUGGCCAAGAGGACGACUUCUUUGGUCAAUCAUCGGUCCAUUCAUUGUUACGCGAGGUUUCUCACCCUCAAUCUCGAAACUCAGCUCCAAUUAGCGACAGAAACCAAACAUCUACCUCAGUAUCCGUGCCAGAUCUCUCUACGGCGGCACUGUAUUCUCCUGAUUUUGCCCUUCCUCCGCGACAAGUCGCUGACAGAAUUCUUGACUUGUAUUUCAAUAGCGUUCAUAUCUUUUACCCUUGGACAAACUCUAUUAGCUUCAAGAAGCGAUAUGAAACACUGUGGGAACCAAGCGGCUACCCAGGUUCUCAGACAAGCGAAUCAGGCGAUAUUGGCCUUGGAGGUGAGCAAUGCUCCGAAUCAUCCUUCUUUUGUGCUCUCAAUGCCAUGUUUGCUCUUGGCUGUGAGUUUUCGGACUUACCUCAGAAGGAAAUUGCGUCAGCAAACUUCAGCUCGCGCAUGAAGAAUCUAUUACAGGUCGAUGUUCUUGACAAAGGGGAUUUAUCCCACGUUCAAGCGUUGCUUCUUGCUGCCCAAUUCUCCAUAUCAAGUGAGUACCCUACAAGAUGUUACAAUCUCGUCGGGCUGGCUUGUCGGAUCGCUGUCGGGCUGGGUCUUCAUACUGAAAGGCAUGCCGGUAAGCGAUCGAAUCUGGAAAAUGAAGUACGUCGUAGGGUCUGGUACGGAUGUUUGCAAAUGGAAAUGACUAUUUGCAUGACAUUGGGUAGACCUCCAGUGCUGGAGAUGACAGACGAUGUUCUCAUCCCAUCCGCCGUUGAUGAUGACUUUAUUACUGGUGAAGAUUCAUCGUGUUACCAACCUGAGGGGACCAUAUCACAAAAUCUGUUCAUGGUAGAAAAUAUACGGCUGGCCAAAGUACUCGGCAAGAUCCUUUCUUCUGUCUACUGGCAGAGCUCUCCAUCCGACUUCAGCACCCUUGUCCGCCUGGAAGGCGUCCUUGAGGAUUUCAGUACAUCUUUAGUUGACGCCCUAAGAUGGUGGGACCGCGAGUCAGAGUCACAAGGCGCACUCACCCAUCGUGAUCAUGUCCUUAGAAGACAGCGAAAUGUUCUUCAUGCAAGAUUUCUUCACCUUAAAAUCUUAUUGUACAGACCCAGCUUCAGUUCUUAUUGCUCAUCUGCAAGGCGCGCGUUUCAAGGCCGAGACACAGAAACGGGGGUGGCUCCGGGUGACAAUGGUCCUGAAGUCAACACACUCCAAGCAGCAUUCCAGUCUCAGUGUGCUACAACAUGUGCCAAAACUGCUUAUGACUUGUCGGUUUCCCUGUUAUCUGCGAGACAGGAUGAUGCCACUGGUGCAUGGUGGUUCAGUUUAUUCUACCUGAUGACGUGCGGCGGCAUAAUCAUUCUCGCCGAAUGUGCUCAGACUGCUGGCAGCAAACAUUUCAAUCAAGCCCAACUCGAUGCCACUUGGGAGAAUACCACCAUGCUACUGCGGCUUAUUGGACGGGAGAAUGCCCGUGUACAGGGAUAUCUCGACCAGUUACUUCAGUUGAAAGAACAAGCCCGCUCUACAAAUUUCCCAAUACGCAACUCCAGAGAAGCUACGAUAGUGGCUUCCCGUUGGCCAUCUGCCGGUCCUGGUGAGGCUCAAUAUGCAGACUUGAAUCAGAAUGGAGCCUUCGCUCCAUCUAUGGAAGAUCAAGCAGUACAAGGGGAGCAUAUGUCGUUGUUGUUCCAAGACAACUGGGACUGGAAUCUUGAGGGUAAUAUGCCCACUUAUAGUGGUUUCGGAUUUGGCGACGAAUCUAUUUUUCCUCUAUCUGGUUGGUCUACAUGA